AGGGGAGGGGCUCGUGGCUUAUCCCUUCCCAUACGGGGGAGGGGUGUGAGGAGGGGCAUAGGGAAGGGCAACAGAAAGGAUGAGCGCUAUUAGGCUCACACUGACACGCUGUGUUGCUGGAAGCUACUGGUUACACAGCCAUGGAUGGUGUGUUGGAGGGGGCAGCUCUGGUGUGUCUCAGUAAACUGGCCUUCAGUCUUUUAUUCCUGCCACUGGUCAGUGCCUCACUCAGUGCCUUCAGCUUCUGCUGCAGCUGCCUGCUGCUCUUCACAGACAUCAUGGUUACAACUUUUCUGGUUGUCCUCUGGUUUGUAGGGCCCAGGCUACCUCCGUUUUCCACGCCCACUGAAGUCAUCACCCUGCGCUUCCUGCUUUUCCUAAGCCACACCUACUGGUCGGUGCUACUUAUGACCACACCUCUGAUUGCUGUGGAGACAGCCAUGAGGUUGCAAUCGUCAGAGAGCCAUGAUGGUGGAGAUGGAACAGUGGAUGGCUCUAUGGCUCUUGUACCACACAGUGGCGUGAAAGUGGAGACCGGGCAGAGCCGGGACACAGACCCAGAGAGGAUCCAGGCAGCAGGGAGAGAGGGUCAGGAAAAGGGAAGGUGUCUGUCCCACACCUACUUCCUAUGCUGUCUGCUGGUUUGGGCUCUCUCUGGCAUCUACGGAGGUCAAGGCUUAAGACUGGUGGACCUGUCGGUGAAGGACUGCCUCAAGAGGUACAGCUUCCUCCCUCUGUGCCUCCCCAGCCUUCCCAACAAUGUCCUGCUGGCUCUGGGUGAGCCCCGCUGGGGCCUGGCUGCCCUGACCUUGGCCCUCCUGCUGGUGCUGAUGGUCGGAUGGGGCCUUCUGAGACCACUCCUGGUCCACAAAGAGACAGACCCUGAUGUGCUUUCUGAAACAAUCCCAGCGACAGCAACGUCCAGAUGCUCUGUACACAGCCCGCGUUCCGGAAACAACAGACAGCUGCUACCUCGUCACCACGGAGACUCUGUCCUCUUAUCAGUGGAGUGUUUGUCAGCAAUGAGAUUAGAGGGAGACAAUGAGACACAAAGAGAAAUUGGGGAGCAACAGACAUGCUCCACCCACCCAUACGUUACUCAGUGUUGGCUGGGAGAAUGGGGCUUUCCCUGCCUGGAAGUAAUGACAGGGUUAGCAUGUCUGCUCACAGUGUGUGUUUUACCUCUAAACCUCAGCAUGAGCAUCCUGCUCAUCAGGAAAAUAGAGGCCACACUGGAAUGGACUUUGAAGCUCUUACUGCCGAUAUCUAAAGGAUCAACAGACAGAAAUGGACACCGACACAAAGCCAGCGGGCCGGACAAUAAGCCUGGACCGGUGUAGCAUUUGAUGCGGAGGUGUAGCUUCGGAAUGGAAUCAUGUUCCGAGGGAUUUGUACAGCGUUAUCCGGGGAUGGCAUCAGAUAAAUAUUGCAUGUACAGGGACAGC